AUGGCGGCCGCUGAAAACAAUGUGGAACUUAAGCGAAAAGCAGAUGAUAGUCAGGAUGGAGAUGGAGUUGGAAAUGGGGAAGAAGAUGAGUGGGUCGGACCCAUGCCGAGCGAGGCUACAAAGGCCAAGAAACGGAAAGUUCUCGAAUUUGAGCGUGUCUACCUGGACAACCUCCCUUCAGCUGCAAUGUAUGAACGGAGCUACAUGCACAGAGACGUUAUCACACACUUAGUUUGUUCUAAGACAGACUUCAUUAUUACAGCCAGCCAAGAUGGCCAUGUCAAGUUUUGGAAGAAGAAGGAGGAGGAGGGAAUAGAGUUUGUUAAACACUUUCGAAGUCAUCUCGGUGUGAUAGAAAGCAUUGCAGUCAGUGCUGAAGGGGCCCUUUUCUGUUCUGUUGGUGAUGAUCAAGCCAUGAAAGUAUUUGACGUUGUCAACUUUGACAUGAUCAACAUGCUGAAAUUGGGCUUUCAACCAGGCCAGUGUGAGUGGAUCUACAAUCCCGGGGAUGCCAUCUCCACGGUAGCCUGCUCAGAAAAAUCUACAGGGAAGAUUUUCAUUUAUGAUGGAAGGGGAAGCAACCAGCCCCUCCACGUCUUUGACAAGAUGCACUCCUCACCGCUGUCCCAAAUUCGCCUUAAUCCCACGUUUAGAGUCAUCGUGUCUGCUGACAAAGCGGGAAUGCUGGAAUACUGGACUGGCCUCCCGAAUGAAUUCAAGUUCCCCAAGCAUGUGCACUGGGAAUACAAAACAGACACAGACUUGUAUGAAUUUGCAAAACACAAAACCUAUCCCACCAGUCUCGCAUUUUCUUCUGACGGGAAGAAAAUGGCGACCAUUGCUUCUGACAGGAAAGUCAGAAUCUUCCGCUUCCUAACAGGAAAACUGAUGAGAGUGUUCGAUGAAUCAUUAACGAUGUUCACAGAGCUGCAGCAGAUGAGGCAGCAGCUGCCCGACAUGGAGUUCGGGAGGCGAAUGGCUGUGGAGAGAGAACUGGAGAAGGUGGACGGUAUCCGACUGACAAAUAUCAUCUUUGAUGAGACUGGCCACUUUGUGCUCUAUGGGACAAUGCUGGGGAUCAAGGUCAUCAAUGUGGAAACCAACAGAUGUGUGCGGAUCCUGGGGAAGUUGGAGAACAUUCGCGUGGUCCAGCUGAGUCUGUUCCAGGGGGUUGCAAAGGCCAUGCAGGUGGCGCCCACCGUGGAGAUGAAGGCGUCUGACAACCCUGCUUUAGACAGCGUGGAGUCUGACCCCACCAUAUUCUGCACUGCGUUCAAGAAGAACCGCUUCUACAUGUUCUCAAAGAGAGAACCAGAGGAUACAAAGAGCGCAGACUCAGACAGAGACAUCUUUAACGAGAAGCCCUCGAAGGAAGAGGUGAUGGCUGCCACGCAGGCCGAGGGCCCCAAGAGAGUGUCCGACAGCGCCAUCAUCCACACCACCAUGGGAGACAUCCACAUCAAGCUUUUCCCCGUAGAAUGUCCCAAAACUGUGGAGAACUUCUGUGUCCACAGCAGAAAUGGCUACUACAAUGGCCAUAUAUUCCACAGAGUAAUCAAGGGCUUCAUGAUUCAGACAGGAGACCCCACAGGCACAGGCAUGGGAGGAGAGAGCAUCUGGGGAGGAGAGUUUGAAGACGAGUUCCACGCCACGCUGAGACACGACCGCCCCUACACGCUCAGUAUGGCCAACGGCGGGCCGGGCACCAACGGCUCACAGUUUUUCAUCACUGUUGUCCCGACGCCUUGGCUUGACAACAAGCACACAGUGUUUGGAAGGUGUACAAAAGGCAUGGAGGCAGUUCAGAGGAUCUCCAAUGUCAAAGUCAACCCCAAGACCGACAAGCCGUACGAGGACAUCAGCAUCAUCAACAUCACCAUAAAGUGAUCGGACGUCUUAUUCCUGUCCUGUACACUGAUGGUUUCUUGUUUUUUUACCAGAAUGACUUAUUAAGGAAUGCUCUGAGGAUGAGUGUAGUAAGAAUCAUUUGUUAGUUGUGAUGGAGAUGAAGAGUCUCAGUUUGUAAAUAAUCAUUGUGAACAACAUGUAUGGAUGGCAAAGCAGCAGAAAAAGAAAAAAAAAAUCUACCAGCCAGACAAAUAAGGUCAGUCAGUUUAUUUUACAGCA